UUUUUUUUUUUUCACCACUUUUUCCUCUAUAAAACAAAUGAUACAAUGUUGGAUACUUACAGUUUAGGUUAAUCCGUGUAUUCCGUUUAGGCGAAAAUGAAGAAGACUCAAGGUUUUUCUACUCGUGCUAUUCACACUGGUCAAGAAACGGAUCCUAGUACUGAUGCGGUAAUUCCUCCAAUUACUUUAUCCACAACCUAUAGAAUGCCAGCGGCUGGUGUUGUCAAGAAAUACGAUUACACACGCCUUGGCAAUCCGAAUAGAUCAAAUAUGGAAGCUGCAGUGGCAGAUUUGGAAAAUGCAAAAUAUUGUUGUGCUUUUGCAUCUGGUUGCUCCGUUACUUCGGCUAUUAUUAAUACUUUGGAUUCUGGUACCCAUAUUAUCUGUGUUAAUGAUGUUUAUACUGGAACUCACAAUAUUCUCGCCAAAAUUGCCCCCAAGCAUCAAAUACAAACCUCAUUCGUUGAUAUGUCUAUCGCCUCCAACAUCAAUCAACAUUUUCAAUCUAACACCAAGCUUGUAUGGCUCGAAACUCCCACCAAUCCAACGAUGAGGAUCACAGACAUUGCAGAAAUUGCCAAGUAUACUCAUGAUCAUGGAUCCAUUUUAGUGGUCGACAAUACUUUUUUAACACCUUAUUUUCAAAAUCCCCUUGCUCUGGGCGCCGACAUUGUGAUGCAUUCAGCUACGAAAUAUAUCAAUGGACAUUCGGAUGUUUUGAUGGGACUAGCAUUGACCAAUGAUGAAACACUGUACAAAAACUUAGUAUUUAUUCAAGCAAGUAUGGGUGCAGUACCUUCACCUUUUGAUUCAUUUUUGGCAAGACGCGGUAUGAUGACUUUGGCUAUCCGUAUGAAAGCGCAUGAAACGAACGCACAAGCUGUAGCACAAUUUUUGGAAAAUCAACAUAGAACCGUGGAUCAAGUAUUCUAUCCUGGACUUGCAUCCCAUCCUCAGCAUCAUAUUGCAGCAAAGCAACAACAUGGGUAUGGUGGCAUGCUUUCUUUCAAACUCAAGGGAAAUUUGGAUAAUGUGAAUGCAUUUUUAACUUCACUCAAGGUAUUUGCAUUGGCUGAAUCAUUAGGUGGUGUGGAAUCUUUGGUCGAAGUGCCUUCAUUGAUGACUCAUGCGACAAUUGAUCCAAAAGAACGACAAGCUUUGGGGAUUACUGAUACUUUGAUUCGAAUGUCGGUUGGUAUUGAAGACGUGGAAGAUUUGAUUGAAGAUUUGGAACAAGCACUAGGAAAAAGCAAGAUUGAAACAAAAAAUGUGGAAGAUUUGAUUGAAGAUUUGGAUCAGGCACUAGGGAAAAGCAAGAUUGAAACAAUAGUGUAGUGAAUAGAUUAUAGUUUUAUAUUAGUGAUUUUGUGUGUGAUGAUUGAAUAAAGGAAAAUAGUAUGAUCUUUUUUU